AUGAGCAAGUAUAUGAAGAGCAUGGGGUCAUCGGCUCCUAAGCUAAACGACAUCAAAUGUCAGGUUUGCGAUAAACCACAACCGUCCUUUUCAUUCUCUCAACACCAGAGGCAAUGCAUUUUAGAUAUGAGAGCUAGACACGAGAAAGACGUUGAGGAAUUAAAGAAACUGCAUGAAGUACAGGCUGCAAAUAAGCUGUCUGCCUUGAGCACUGAGACGGACAGAGUGUCUGCGCAAUUGGCGGAGGAGAAGGCGGCGGAGAUCGCUGUACUGGAACAGAGACUGGCGGAAGAACGAGAGACGACCAAGCAAGAGUACAAAAAAGCCAUGGACGACCUCAUCGCCACCAAGGACAUGGACUUCAUGAAUCUCACCAACGUCAAAGCCGAGGAGAUCGGCAUGCUCAAAGGACAGAUGGCCGAGAAAAUGGAACAGAUUGGACUACUCAAACAGAUGGCACAGCGAAACGAAGAGGACAGGGCAGCCCUGGCGGCCCAGUUGGAGGAGGUUAGGGUGCAGGCUGAGUCCGUUGAGAGCGAGAAACGUGCUUUGGAGGAAGCUAUCAAGGCUGAAAAGGAUGAAGAGAGGGAUUUGGCUGUGGCGGCCAUCAUCGCCGAGAAGGACGAUUACAUCAGGAACGUGUGUGUGGACAAAGGCAACCAGAUGGCACAAAAGGAUACCGAACUGCAAGAGCUGAAGCAACGGUUAGAGGACGUGCAGAAUGGUACUUCCGGCACUGCCGAACGAGAGAGCGAGAUCGAACGUUUACGCCAAGAGUUACAGCAGAAAUCAGGUGAACUGGAGAGUCGCAACGGUGAACUAGAAACUACGCAGAGCCAAUUAGCCCAACAGUUACAAGACAUCGAAGCCACACGCCUGGAACUCAAUGAGAAGGAGAAUGCCCUGCACGAGUCCGAGGCCAAAACGGUCCAAAAACUGGAAGAAAAGGACAGGGAACUGGCGGAGAGUAGGCUGGCCCAGCCGGCGAGUCUGGUGGUGGGGGCCGAUAGUGGGCUGCAAGAACAACUGGAACAGGUGCAACUGGAGAAGCAGAGCUUACAGGACGAACUAGCGGCUGUGAAGAUGUCACUUGCAGAUACCCAGGCCGCUCUGAGCGAAGCUGAGAGCAGGCAGGCGAGUGGCAGCGGAGGUGGCGCAGACCACACAGUGGAGAUAGAGACACUCAAGAGUGACAUCGCUAACCUGCGCAUACAGAACGAACAGUUACAACAAGAAGCGGAGGCUCUGGCGGCCACCUCCACGCCGAAGGCGAAGAAGACCAAGUUUGGGGGGUUGUUUGGGAAGAAGAAAGAUAAGAAGUCCAAGAACUAGAGGGUGUAGGGUUGUGUAUCCUGAUACUUGAAUAAAGAUCGUGCA